AUGCAGGAGCAAUACGAAUUGUACUGCGAGAUGGGCUCCACCUUCCAGCUGUGUAAAAUAUGCGCAGAGAACAACAAGGAUGUGAAGAUCGAGCCUUGUGGGCACCUCAUGUGCACUUCUUGUCUGACAGCAUGGCAGGAAUCGGACGGUCAAGGCUGUCCGUUUUGCCGCUGUGAAAUCAAGGGCACUGAACCAAUCAUUGUGGACCCUUUUGAUCCACGAGAUGACAGCGCCAAGUUCAAUUUUAUGGACACUUUCUGUUCCCCUAUGCUAGACCUGGACGACGACGAUGACAAAGAAGAGUCCCUGAUGAUGAACCGACUCGCUUCAGUCAGAAAGUUCACAGAGAGACAGAAUUCCCCUGUGACAUCACCAAACUCCUCCCCCGUGGCUCAGCGAAGGAAGGCCCCCCCUGAAACGCAGCAGAUCCAGCACCUCAGCCUCCCGCCCGUGCCUCCCCGACUGGACCUCAUCCAGAAAGGGGUGAUCCGCUCGCCCUGCGCCAGCCCCACCAGCUCACCCAAGACUUCUCCGUUUAUGGCGAGGAAACAGGACAAGCCUCUCCCUGCUCCCCCACCUCCCCUGAGAGACCCUCCUCCUCCACCCCCGCCCGAGAGACCCCCUCCUAUCCCGCCGGAUGGCCGGGCCGCUUGGAUCCCCCAAAUCCCUGCCAGUGUGCCCACCAGGGAGCCGCACGUGCCCCCUGAGGCCUGGUGCCCUCGAGACAGCCUGGGCCCGGCGCUGCACACGGACAGCCGACUCGCCGCAGACCGAUCGCCCAAGCUGGGGCUCACCGCACCCUCCCACCCUAAUGGCAGAGCUGGCAACUUAACAGCUGACCAGGGAUUGGGCUGGCAGAUCCAGAGGCUCCUCGAGCUGCCUCCAGACGGUGUCAAGCCUCUUUUCUCAAAUGGUCACCUUGGUAACGACGCAUAUGACAUCCCUCCGCCUCGACACUCGCCCCCUCCGCCUGCUGCCUGCAUCCAGCCCCUCGGCCACAAGUACCCCAAUCCUUUUACAAACCCCUGUACAGAAAAAAGCAGAGGACGGCUCGAAACCAGUGAAGACGAGUAUCAGAUCCCUUCAUCGCAUCCUGUUUCUCUUGCCUCGCAACCUCCUGCAUGCAUUGCUGUCAGAAUCCCAAACAGGGUGCUUGAGGAUGGACAGUGCGUUAACGGAACAUCUGACAACUCAUCUGAGGGAAAGAAGCAUAAGUCUCUAGAGCUCGGUGAUCCUUUUGUCUUGUCUGCAGGCUCCGUUCCUACUAGACCUGCAAUGAGAGACCAGCAGAAGCUCAGCCCCUCUCUGAACAGGACCCCAUCAGACUACGACAUCCUGGUGCCUCCCUCAGGGGAGGAUCCGUUCGACAGCCCUCCUCCGUCGCUGCCCCCUCCACCACCGCCAACCCGGCACAGCCUAACUGAGUACUCCUCUCCCAAACCCAGCGGCUCGGCCAGCCGGCCCUCCUCCAGCCAUGACCCCUUCCACCUCGGAGCCAACGAUAACUUCUUUGACAUGCUUGGCGGUCCUGUUCCCCAGCCCCCUGUGAGAAGGUCGACCGGAGACAACAUGAAACCUCCUCAUCGAAUAACACAGGAUUAUGACCAGCUCCCACCAGCAGUCCCUGUAGACAGCGCCCAUGCACCAGCGCGGCCUCCCAAACCACUGCCCCGCAGAUCCACGCCCGAGCCACAUCACAGAAAGGCAUACAGCCACAAGACCGCCGAGGAAAACGCUGAUGCCAAAAUCGCCAAACUGAUGGGGGAGGGCUACUCCUUCGAGGACGUGAAAAGGGCUCUGAUGAUCGCUCAGAACAAAGUGGACGUGGCUCGGAACAUUUUGAGAGAGUUUGCCUGCUUUCCCGCAAUGUCUCCAAGACUGCAAAACCUGUAGCGAAAAAAAAAAACCAGGCGCGUAUACCAAGCGAGACCCGGAAGGAGAUAUUGGACAUGCAGGGGAUUUAAGAUUUUCCGCAACACGACUGUGCUCGGCAGGCAUCGACAGAGAGUUGCAAAGGGGUGGGG